AUGCCUCAAACUCGACUGAAGGAAAAGACGAAGCGGGCAGCCGCUCCGUCUGAGAACCCUCUGAUGAACCAGCAACCGGUCGACGACAUUGAGAUGGACGACGAGACUAGCUCCGACGAGGAGGACUUCCCUGAGAAGGAUGAGGCCGAGUUGAAGCUGGAGCGCAUGCUAUUUGGUGACGACGAGGGGUUCAUGAGCGCAUUGAAGAGCCAACAGGAGCGAGCUGAUGCUAUGCAGCUUACCCUGCACAGUGAUGAGGAGAGUGGAAGCGGUGAUGAGGGUGCGGAGGAUGACUAUGAAGCAAAUGUUGAGGAUAUGGCCGAUGCAGAUCUCUUUUUCCUCGACUCAGGCGUUGCACCCGAAACUACCAAUCUUAUUCCCUCACCGGAGACUCCGUCUGAUGAUGAAAAUGAGCAGACUUCUCCUGCAAUCUGGCACGACAGCGAUGAUGAACGCCUUGCGGUCUCGCUCGGAAGCCAGGCCAAAUUGCGCAAAUUGCGUGUGUCUGAGUCCGAAGAUAUUGUCAGUGGCAAGGAGUAUACUCGCCGACUGCGCAGACAAUUUCAACGCAUGCACCCCACUCCCGAUUGGGCGAACCCAGAGCUGGUCGCUUUGCGCCGCCAGGAAAACUCGGACUCCGAUGACGAAAUGGAUUCAGAUGGAGAGGAUGAGCAAUUAUCUAUGCAGCCACUGGCUAAGCUGCUUCAAAAUGCCACCGAUCUCACCCGCAUUGAAGACAAUGCAGGCUCCGGAGGCAAGCGCAAGCUCCGGCAGGAAGUCUUGGAUAUCCAACGUCUUAAGGAUGUUGGCAAGACACAGCCAUCCUCCGUCGACUCGCUCAACUUCCACCCUCACUACCCUCUCCUGCUUUCAUCCGGCCCUGCGUCAACUCUUUUCAUGCACCACAUUUCUCCUUCAGCACCAUCUCCCAACCCCCUUCUGACCUCUUUGCACAUCAAGCGCACCCCGAUCCACACAUCCGCCUUUGCACCGCCGACGGGUAACAAGAUCUUCGCCUCUGGUCGGCGACGAUACUUCCAUAUUUGGAACAUGGACACCGGCAAAGUGGACAAAGUCAACGGAACCGCAGACCGAAAAGAGGAACAAAAGUCCAUGGAGCGCUUCAAGCUCUCCCCAUGCGGCCGUUAUGUCGGUCUGGUUGGCACAGCGCGCAAGGGCGGUGGUCUGAUCAACGUCCUCGACUCCAACACCGCUCAGUGGAUCGCACAGGUGCGCGUCGACGGUCGCGGCGGUGUCGCCGACUUCGCCUGGUGGUCAGACGGCGAGGGAAUGACAGUCGCCAGCAAGAACGGAGAGAUCUCCGAGUGGGAUGGCCGACAACGCCGCGUUGUGGCUCGCUGGCUCGACGCCGGUGCUGUCGGUACCACCGUCCUCACUUUGGGUGGCCUCUCAGGCCGCACCCAGCUCGGCGGAGAUCGCUGGGUUGCUGUCGGCAGUUCUAGCGGUGUUUCCAACAUCUAUGACCGCCGUGACUGGGCUGUUGCAUAUGCUAAUGCCUCGCAAGCUGAAAAAGAUGGUCCUUCGCAGGGUGGUAUUCCGCGGAGCCCGACCCCGACGCGUGUGUUGGACCAGCUUACCACCCCUAUUAGCCAUCUGGUUUUCGCUCCUGAUGGCCAGAUGCUGGUUAUGGCGAGUCGCUGGAAGCGCGAUGCGCUGAGACUUGGUACGAUACCCCUGCGUCUAUCUGAUCCUAUCCUCUUCGGACUCCUUGCUAAUUAUGUUUCUUUAGUCCACCUCCCAUCUUGCACAGUGUACCGCAACUGGCCCACCUCCAACACCCCAUUGGGCCGUAUCUCCUCCGUGGCUAUUUCGCCGAACUCAGAGCAAUUGGCCAUCGGAAACGAACAGGGCCGUAUCCGUCUCUGGGAGAUUAGAGGGUAG